CAAAAGAAUAAGAAAAGUCCAUGCAGAUGGACAUGAACAUGAUGGAUAACGCUGCAUCCACCAUGCUCCCUUUGCUCCUCCGAUCAAUGGCAUCUUCGGCAUUCAUUUAUGCAGACAAAUCACUCUUCAACUUGGCUGAAAAAUUCAAGCCUCUGGAAAUCAUUAGCUAUCUUCUUAUGACAUCUUUUAUCUUCCUUCGCUUACUCUCUUUUCUUUUCCUCCCUGAUUUACCCCCUAAAUCUCAACCCGGUUUUCUCCGUUACGCGGUUACUUCUGGGGCUGACGAUUCCGGGAUUGCCCGGGCGCUUUCGCAGGUACUAUCGAUUGUUAAUGACGUUCCUGUUAGAUCGAGAAAGUACGUGAUUGUUCGAUCUUUAGCUGAAACACUUAUAGAAGAGAAUCGCAGGGAAGAUACCCACGGUUUGCGUGAAGUGAAUCGGACGGUUUUGUCCUCGGCUUUCUCGAGGACGCUUUGUUAUCUCGAGGCUGCUAUGGUUGAAUUGGGGCAAGAUAGGAUUGGUGCUUAUUAUGGAAACGACCUGCUUUUGGUGAAAAGGGUUCUGAGGGUGGUUCGAUCGGUUGGGGAUGGGGUUUGGGUCAGGGAAGGGAGUGGUGGCGGGAGAGAGGAUGUGACCCGUUCUGGGGAUUUGGCUGAGAAGCUGGCGGCUGAGCUUCUUUGGUUGGCGGAGAAGAUGGUUGCCUCUGGGUUUGGGGAAGAAGCUGUUGAACGGUGGGCGUCGGCUUCGAAUCUGGCUUUGCAUUCGCUCUUGGCUGAGCCUCGGCUUCAGGGUACGCUGGUUAAGGUUUUGGCAUUUUUAUUCAAACAAGGGAAAUGGAGGUGGCAGCGGAAGAGACCGGAGAAGGCAACGAAGAGAGCCACAGGCAAACGAAGAUGAAGAUGCUAAAGUCGUGGUUGCCACUGCUUUGCAGGGCUAGCAACGGCACCGAUGCGCCGGUGCUUGGCAUGAGUGAAAGUGCCGAGCUAGAGAAGGUCUUGGAAGAGACCGUGGAAACGCUAGAUCCGGAGGAGCAAGAGCAAGUACUCUCCCUAUGGCUCCACCACUUUGUGAAUUCCCCGUCCUC